UGCAAAACUCUGUAGUCAGCGACAUCUUCUCAGUCACUCAGCAUCACCACCAGCAGCCAGAGUGUGUGUUGUGUGCAGGUAGAGCUCCAGUGGUUAGAGUGUGAUGAUAGCCUGUUUGAUCACAGGAGUUUCACACUAAUUCCCGCGCAGCUCGUACCAGCUCGGUUCCGCCUGUUCCCACCCACAGCCUUAAUCUCCACCAGCCCGGUUGUUGCUAAUAUGAAUGCCUUCUCCUCCCUCACCUCCUCCUCCUCGUGCCCCCACCUAUACCACUUACCCAGUUUCCCCAGCGACACCACCAUAUCAAACGACACCACCACAGCCACCGAGAUCAGCCAUGUGAUCCUGCGGCAUUACAACCACACCGGCCGCCUACACAACAGGACCAUCUCAAAAAACCAGAGCCACAUCAGUGUCUCCAUGGCCGUCCUCCUCUUCAUCAGUAUUUCCAUCAUCCUGGAGAAUCUCCUGGUGCUGGUGGCCGUCAUCUCCCGCAUCUGCCACAGCCGGCGCUGGGUUUAUGUCUGCAUUGCCAACAUUACACUCAGUGACCUCCUCACUGGCACUGCCUACGUGGUCAACAUCUUCAUGUCAGGCAGCCAGACGUUUCGCCUCACCCCUGCUCAAUGGCUUCUCAGGGAAGGGAUGCUGUUUGUGGCCCUGGCUGCAUCCAUAUUCAGUUUGCUGCUGAUUGCUAUGGAGCGUUACACCACCAUGAUGAAGCCAAUGCCCCAGAAGUCAGCCGGAAAGACCUGUAGGAUCUACACCUUGGUGGCACUCUGCUGGGUUUUGGCGCUGGUGAUUGGUUUCCUCCCUUUGCUGGGCUGGAACUGUGUGUGCAGCCUGGGCAAAUGCUCCACCCUCCUCCCUCUCUACUCCAAGUCCUACAUUCUUUUCUCUCUCUUCAUCUUCUUCGUCAUCCUCCUGGCUAUUGCUGUGCUUUAUGGUGCCAUCUACUGCCACGUUCACAAAAGUACACAGCUGGGUCCACAGCGCAGUCGCAGGCGCUCUUUGGGACUGCUUAAAACUGUGAUCACCAUAGUUGGGUGCUUCAUGCUUUGCUGGGGGCCACUGUUCCUGCUGUUACUGGUGGAUUUCUUCUGUGUCUCCCGUCAGUGUGUACUGCUGUCCUAUGCUGACAUUUGCAUCACCCUGGCUGUCUUCAACUCAGGCCUGAACCCCAUCAUCUACACAGUGGGCAGCAGUGAGAUGAGGAAGGCUAUGGCUGAGCUGCUGUGCUGCUGCUGCGUGAAGGCUGGCCUCUGUCACCCAGACAAAUUCACAUCAAAGGAGUCCAACAGCACCUCAGGGAGCAGGAGGGACAGUCUGAGGAACAGUUUUAACAAAAUCAGGAAUCUGAGUGUGGCCUCCCCACCGUCAACUCCUGGCAAGACUCGCAGGGCAUCCAAAAAAUACAGACUGAGCUCCACCACCAGCUGUCUGUCAGUUUCAAGUGGUUAAACCACAAUGUGAUCCCCUCCCAAGCAAACAAGUCCUGUGUGCACUGAUACACAUCUAACCGUUUCCUCUCAGUUUUGGUUUGAAUGUUCAAUACUGUGCCUGCAGAUACUUGCACCAAACUGUCAGAAAACCUGCUGUAAAUGUGAAUUUAUCCUGAAGUUUACAAUGAUGGGCAUUUAUUUUUUGCAUUACCAGACAUUAUGUUUUUGCACUGUAUUUUGGCCACUGAAUAUUUUACAGAUUUAUUUUUACAGAUAUGAAAGCAUAUUAUUUACCAGAAGUAUUAUCUUUAUAAGAGUUAACAAAGAAAUGUAUAAUGAUAGUGUAUUGCAUUGUAUUGUAAGCUGAUGUUUUACUGUAUGAUGAAAAUAUAAAUAAAGUUUAUUUUUGCUUAAUA